CCCGCCGGUGCGGCGGCAGGGAGGGAGGGAGUGGAGGGCCGGCCCUGGGCUGACCCGGCGCUUCCCGCCGGUGCGCGGCGGAGCACCUGCCUGCUGGGCCGGGCGGGUCCUGGCCCGCGGGUGGGCAGGAAGGGUCCCGCCUCCGCGACUCGAGAGAGUGGCGCUUCUGGUUUUCUUCGGUUACGGUUUUGUGGUUGUUGUUACUGGCUUGGUUUUUUUCCAUAAGGGAAGAGAAGAUGUACCAGCCCUUCCCAAAGCUUCCCUUGAUGCAAGGCUAGUGGAUGGCGUGUCUCCUGUUUCUAGCUCUGUUUUUUUGGAGAUUAGCAUCAAUAUGUAUCACUUUCUUAAAAAAUGGGAAGGGCUAGGGUAUGAAAGCGUGGAUUGGGACUUAAACCUCACUUUCCAUUCCAGGGAUAGUAUCUAGGUUGCUCUUAUAUAUUUAUGUUUGCUCCAUACCUGUUUGCAGAUUGGCAGGUGUGACUGAAGUUGGAAAGUAAAAAUGAUGCAAGUAGCUACUGGAGAAAUUCUCUUCUGCUGACGAUUAUUCUGUCUUUCUUGUAGUUAUGCAGACAGUCACCCUACCAUCUCAGCACUGUUAUCUAACAUGCAAAUUUAAAUCCCGGAGGUGCCAAGGCUCAAGAUCUUGGAGCAGAUUUCUAACACCCAGUUGUCAGGACCUUAAGAAGAAACUUUUAUUUCAGGGUGUUUUAUUCCAGAAUAUCUGCUGCAAUGUCAUUUAAAGUAGCUUGCACUGGAUACUGCUAUUAAUGGACUGCUGGCCUGACUAUGAUGCAGACUCCCGAGUUCCUGUAUGUGUAAUUUAAAUAUACCACUCUAACAUGAGACACAACUUCAAAGAGUUGCUUUAUAGGAAAAUGAUUUCUACAAAUAAUAUUAGAUGUAAUUUCUGCAUUUCAUUCUGUCAUUUUUCUGUUAGCUAAACUCUCAGCUACCGUCUUUAAGAGAAGGAGAAACUUUGCUCUGUCUUAGAGUCUGUCUGCCCUCAGGAAGCAGCUGAAGGUUUUGACAAAUAUGUAGUAUGGGAGGCCAUGAUGUAACUAUAAAUUUUUCUGAUUUUCAUAGCUUUUAGUUUCAGCCUUCCAGUGUUCUCAUUCUGGGUGUGGGAAGAAGAGGGCAUUUCUAAGGCCAUGUCUCCCCUAGGAGUGCAUUGCAGGUAUAGUAUGCAUUGUGCUUUUAGCAGUAUGGAUUUCUUUGGCCGCGGCAUGUUGUCUGAUCGCUUACUUUACUUCUUUUCUCUGAUGACUGACUUUACUCUUGAGAGCGAAACAGACUGUAUUAACAAAACCACAGCUUUGCAGAUUCAGCUGUAUUUGUUUUGUGGGCUUCACCCAGCACAGCUGACUUGUUUUGCGAUUCAGUGUCUGGGAUAGCUAAAGUUUUGUAAGAUAAACAUGGCCUGAGUAACUUUUAAUUCUUGAAAAAAAUGUUGUUUAUGAAUAGCCUUUAGCUUUUAGUUUGUCUUGCUCUUUUAUUUUUGGAUGGAGAAACAUGUCUAGUACAUUAGUUCUCUAUCUACAUUUCACUCUGAAUAAUUUGAGAUGUUUCUAUUCUGAAAGUCUCCAAUUAGCUCACUGGCAGUGUAAAAAGAGAUCCACAGCUAUCCCACUUGAAUUAGAGGGGCAUUGAUUUAAUUACAGAUAACAACCAUACACUUUGUAUCUUUGUAGAAUUGGGCAUUAUUUUUAGCAGAUCAAGAAAUCAUGUUCUUACUUUCCAAGUUUUUUGUGUACAGUAAGGAACUACUACCUUGUCUGACAAAAUUCAUAACAGAGUUAGAAAUUACUUAUGCAUUCUGCUCUCCAGAAGAAUCUACUGUGUACUUUACUCAGUAAUUUUCAGUAUGAAAUAAUUCUACUUCAGUUAUUUUAGUAAGAUUGGCUGACCUGUGCUCUGUACUCUAACUUGCUCAGCUACUGAAGAAAGGAGCUGCAUGAGAUGGGUGUGUUCUUCCCCUUCAACUGCAUCCAUGUCUUCGGACUCAACAGCCAUGCCUAGGAUGACGCUGUUCUCUUGUAGUUGGUGCAAGGGAUUGAAAGGUUGGAUCAUGGAAUCUUUCCUGAAACUUAAAAAAUCAGCCUAAGGCAGAUGGAAACCUGUAGUCCAGAAGAUUCUACAAAGUAAUGUGUCAUUUGAUGCAAAGAAUUGUUGCCUAUGUUUUCUACUCUGUAAUGCAUUAUUAAAUGUGCAUACUUUAGAGGAUUUUGGAAGGAAUAAACAGUGGUUUUAUUGGGAAGCCUUUGCUAACCUAAAUAUGCGAUAAACAGCAAAUGUGAAGCUGCGAGUUUGAUAGAACCCUAUAGAUUGCUUAACAGAUGCAGCAAACCAGAUGCAGAUAACCAGAUUUCCAUGAUGACAAACAUGGCCUUCUUUGUCUUAUACUAGUGGAACUUUCUUUAGAUUCAGAGAAAGUCCCUUUUUCUUAACUAUUUUUGCAGUUCCUCAAUGGAAAAGGUGUUAAAAACUGCCUGUUGCACUAUGGAAGCAUGGAGACAAAAUAGUCAUCUAUUGAGACCCUCAAGGAACUAUUGGGCAAAGUGACAGAAAUGAAGAGCUUGAACCGUCACUUCAGCAUGGCGGCAGCUGAAUCUGACAAGGACUCUGGAUAUUCAGAUGGAAGUUCGGAGUGCCUGAGUGCUAUGGAGCAGACUGACUCAGAGGACGUGCUGAAUGCGUUGUGUUGGAAUACAGAGGAUAGGCCUUGGCAAUGCCCCGUGACCACAAGCAACUCCUUUCCUGCGCUUUCUCCUAUGGUCGUAAUGAAAAAUGUGUUAGUUAAGCAGGUGGUUGUUCUGUACCCCUAUUCCAUAAACAUCUUGUUCACUGAACCAAAGAAAUUCUGUGUCAGAGGUAGUUCAUCGCAGCUCCAGUCUUGGACUGUGCAGCCAUCCUUUGAAGUGAUUCCAGCUCAGCCACAGCUAGUGUUUCUUCGUCCAUCAAUCCCACCUCCCAUUAACCCUCACCCUGUUGGGAAAAAGAGAAAUGACUCCACUAAUUACCUGCCCAUCCUGAAUUCUUAUCCCAAAAUAGCACCACAACCCUGCAAAAGAGAUCACUCCUUUGAUCUAGAAGACCGUCAAGAAACCAGUUGCCAUAAACGACUCUGUACGGAAGCACCCAAAAUGGAGACUUCUCCUGUAUCAAGGAGCACAGGUUUGCCUACUAGUCCUUUUGCCCACCUACCAGUUAACUUUAAGACCCCUCAGGAUUCUAACCAGCAAAGUUCAACUCUGGUGACAAGUGGAAAACUGCCAGCUCUUCCUGGUUUCCAUUGUGUUUCCAGUGACACUCAGAAAGUGCCAGGUUUGACUCCCCUUUUGCCUUUUGGAACUCUGCAGGCAACAAAGUGCACCCCUCAUGAGACAGAGAGUGCAGCACAGACUACAACGCAGUCUGCAGUGUGGAGCCCCCCAUUGAUACCAGAAGAGAUUUGCACUACCCCUGAGCUGCUCUUGCAACAACAAAGCAAGUGCAGACGCUUUCAGAAUACACUUGUCGUGCUACGCAGGUCAGGAUUGCUGGAGAUCACUUUAAAAACCAAGGAGCUUAUUCAUCAGAACCAAGUGACUCAGGCUGAGCUGGACCGGCUGAAGCACCAAACACAGCUUUUCAUAGAGGCAAUAAAGAACAAUGCUCCACAGUCAUGGGCAGAGCUAGAAGCAUCUCUAAUAGGAUCUGACAAAGCUGAUAGCAACCUUGAAGACUCCACUUAUCCCAACAUGUAGUAAAAAGGUACAUAGCUGUUGGUCAAGUUAUUUCUGUGCCUCCUAUUUCCCAUCACAAGCUUUUACUUGAGCAUUUUCCAAGUCCAAGACUUGUGAAGUGGCAUGCCAUUAACAACUUGUCUUCAGAGCCGAUUGUGGGACUGGAAUAGCAUGGUGGGGUCUUGACAGAAUGGGUACUUACCACUUUGGUGUGAUCUUGAACUUUAUGCUAACUCUGUGUACUUCCUUGGACUCAAGAAGCUUGGAUGUGCUCUGCUAGCACGUUACUAUUCUUGUGGUGAAAAGAGAGUCAUUUGCAGUAUUCUGCAAGCAAGCAUCUUCCUAUUCCCAUCUUCAGAUAGUCAGUUCUGAGAAUGGAACAGCAGAACAGGUCCCAAUACUGGGCCAUUAACAGCUGCAAGUAGAUGAAGGGAGUUGGUGUGGGUAGAGGAAACUAACAUUGGGGUGGUAUCUUUAGGCUGUCACUGUCCUUUGUUGUACCAGAGAGUCUUGCUUUGGGGUUUUAACACAUUUAAAGUAGUGGAGAUCUAUUUGUACUGAAGCAGCAUUCUAUACUCACUGCAGUCUUUGGUCAAAGUUCUGAGUGUCUUAAGACCCAAGUGAAAUGACGUGUUUUGAUGAGAAUAUGUUUGCCUUUGAUCUGUACAGUUGAGUGAAUGAAAAUCACAAGGCAUGCACUGGAAGUGUUUGUUCCAAAGCCAUAUUUAUUAAUGGCUAACAAGCGUACAAGGCAAGUGGCUUUGGAUCUUCUUGGUAGCUAACAACGACAUUUAAUCUGUUAAAGACUGCAGUGACUUUUUUUAAAACAGUACAAGGAAGGUAUUAAUUCACCAGGAUUAAUUUGGCAAGACUAUUUGCAUAUUAUUUGAUAUAUAUAUCUUUAGUUUACAAGCCUACACUUUUUUUUUCUGUGAAAUCAGAUUGCUAAGUAUUAAAAAAAAAAAAGAGGUGAAAGGAAAAGGAGCAUAAUGGCCUGUGGCGAAACAAGUCCUCCUUCCACCCCCCUUCCCUCUCUUUUUUCAUUUAGAGAAACCAGAUUAAUGUACCUGGAGAAGGGGGCUGGAGGGAGAGAGAGAUGUCAGAUGGGAUAAUCUCCCUAAAAAUUUUACCUAUCUGAGUUUGAACUUAAAAAAAAAAAAACAAAACCCAAACAAAACCCCCCAAAAAACCCAACCAACACAUUUUUCCUCCACAUAGAUUUAUAUGAUUCCUAGCCUGCUUGCUUUGAGAUAUAGCUAACAACACUGUGUGCAUAAGACAUUAGGCCUUACUAGUAGAGGUCCACAGUAGUCGUGUUACAAAAGCUGUUCUACAGAUAUUGAUUUCAUUUCAGUUUAUCUAUGUCACUCCCUCCAAUCUGAGGGAUUUUUUUCAGAGGUGGUCCGUGUAGAGAUCUGAGUGGCUUUGUCUAAGAACAGUAAGGAAUCUGGAUUAUUUAUGGUAUGUUCCUUUCUGCAUGACUAUGUUUUUUAAAAAAAUUGCACAGUCUAGAUGACUGGGAUUUUUGACACUUUGAUCAGUUCUGUCGUCUGUUUCAGAUUCUUAAAGAAACUUGAAAGUAGAGUGGAUGGCUGGAUAAUUUGUGACUAGACCUCUUCAUUUUCUGAUGUCUCGGGGAAUCAGUAUUGCAGAAGACUGGAGAAUGCUUUUGUAGUCUUCCUCAAAUAUGUGCAUUAGAGAAAUUGUAAGGGGCUUCCCUCUUGCAAAGGGUUUCCCCCUUUUUAGACUGAUGAAAAGAAAUGCAGUACAUGCCUCACAAAGAGGAGAAAUGUGAGUCAUUUGUACUAGCCAGAGGCCUAGAGUGAAAUUUCGUGGCAGGAUUUGCCCUAGUGGCACUGUAGCAAAUUAAUAGCCAUGCCUUUCAUGGUAUCCUGCCCACCUGCUGAAGACUAGUGCAGCACAUGGGAACUGAUUAAAAGAAAAGUGUUCAUAGACUAUGUUCUGUCAUGUAUUUUUUAAAAUAACCUGCUGUAAUUGUGCAUACUAGGAUGUCUCAUAACUCGCAGCACAGCAAUAUUGAAAGUUGGCCAGCAACAUCACAAGGCAGGAGGGCAGCAUAGUGCUAUGUAAUAAUGUAGAACAUGUCUGAUUUAGCUCUUUUGGAAUCACUUGUGAUAUCUGCACUGAAUGACAUUCAGCAUGAUAGAUGUGGUAGUACCUUGGGCCGUUUGUGCAAGAGUCCCAAAAGAUAAGCUUGUUUCUUCUGACCUCCUUCCAGGAAGGAGAAGAGGCAGUAUGAGGCAGUUCAUUAAGCUGAUACCUUUAAUAGGCCUAGAGGUGAGGUGCGAGAAAAUGCAUAGGAUAUCUUUCCUACUUUUCCUAAAAUUCUCUAUUCUACCCAUCAAAUAGAGAGGAGAAUUUGAGGUUCAGAAUAUAUAUAUUUUUAGGAAGUGUUUGUCCUAGAAAACAAGAUGAAGGAAUUCAGAAGAAAAGUCGUCCUCCAAUCCUAGCUGAGACAAGAAAAAGUGAGUCUACCAGUGACCUCUUCUCCACCUACUUCUACUGGUCUGAUAGAGAAAAAGGAAGGAAAAAUUGACCCUGCAGGGUAAUACCCUCUGACUUGAGACUCUUGCUGAUAGAAACUUCUCAUAGUAGAUACAGUAUCACAUGUAUUUUUUUCCCUGACAGCACUCAGAUGGGCUGAAGUGAGUGUGCUUAUAGCUGAUGGGCCUUUCAGGUGGUGUAAUUUGUAUAAAUAUACAUUCAAUAAAUCUGUGAAUAAAGUCCAGCAGCUGGUUAGAAAUUGCCUACUGGGCAUCAGUCCAGACUUAAAUGCUGAACUAGAAAAAUCUGCUCAAACUAUUAUGUGUAAAUCUGGGGCCCCUUAGGAAAUAUCCCUAGAUAACUGCAAAUCUUGGUGCAACAUCUGUAAAAGAAGGAUGUUGAAGGCCCCUAGUGAUAGAUAUGUCAUCAAGUAUCAUUCUGUUCGGUUUCUCUUAGCUGCCUUUAUUCUUAGAAGCCCUGAUGAACUUUUAAACAAUAAGGGCUUUCCUUUCUUGGUUGCAAUUUAAUAAAAUAGGUUAGCUUGGAACUGUGUUGAAAAAAUUAGUUGACUACAUCAUAACCAGAAUAGGUCUUGAUUCUGAGCAGGAUCUGAAAGUGGUCCAGUAGAUUUGAGCAGAAACAUUAGCCUCUCUGAUUGGAAACCUGUAAGCAAUGAACUUACAAAUUUGUUGACAUUUGAAGCAGCAAGACUCUGUAUUGACAAGUUAGCCGAAGACAGCUAUUGCAGUCUAAAAAGUCCAUCAGAUGGCCUGCUGGGGCUUCAGUUGCUGCUGACAACUAGCAGGCAGGGUAGCUUGAUGGGUCAGACAGACUGCUGGUUUUCUAUUAAGUUUUAAUAAAUGUUGGUAUUUUUGAUUACUUUUACUAUGUAUUUUUGAAAUUCUUCUGCUCUAGUUGGAAUGUAAACAUUUUCUGUAUUUUUGAAGUCCGUUGCCAGCUCUGAAUACAGUAGCCUAAGAACUCAGUUAUAGAUCAUGACCUUUUUGCUAAAACUUUACAGAAAAAGAUUGUGAAAUAUGAAUGAAAUAAAGUAUAUACUUGAAAAGUUUGUGGGUUAUCUUAAUGCUGUUAAACUGCAGAGCCCUUGGUUCCAAAGCUCCACAUCAGUAUAUUGCCUGUGUGGGAAAGUGCAGAUCCAAAAGUGAUACUAUGCUGCAUCUCUCUGAAGAGAGUCAUGUGAGCUUUAACAGUAUGUAUGAAUUAAAGGGUCUCUGGGAGGAGCAUGAGUAAAAGUGGGCUGUACAGAAUACUAAAAAUACAUUGUCGUGGGUGACCAUUGCCAUAGAUCUGUCAUGAACAACCUGGAAGGAUUUUUCCAUCUCUGAACUGUUAUCUCGAUGUGAUGACUGUACAUUAUGUUCACCGUCUGUGCAGGGUGAACUCCUACACUGAUCUUAAUCUUGUCAGCUCGGUAUGCAGAAGUUCUACAUUGUGGAAUGAAGAUCUUGGCUACUGAAAGCAUUACAUGAGUGAAAAAUUUUACUCUCUCUCUUGAGGAACAUUCUUCAACUAAAUCUGUAUACCAGCUUUUCAGUAAAAUACAUUUUUCAAAA